CGGUAUGUGGAAGCUUCUAUUUCUCCUCGUCCUGCAACUUUUCGCCUCCGUUGUAUGCAAGCUUCAGCUUCCGCUUUCUCAUUCGUCUCCUUCGACGUUUCUCUCGGUUCCUACGCUUCUAGGGUUUCCGCUGCCUCCCGUCUUCCCUCCUCGACUAUUCGUCUCGGUCGUCGCGAUCCCCUUCGGCACGUCUCAUCUUCUGCGGACGAUCUCUUUAAUCCGUACCGUCGCCGGCGGAGUUCGGCGCGCCGGCCUCCGCUCGCGAUAGAUCCCACGUGCGGCGAUCCCAGAUCCCGAGAGUGGGAUAUCGCUAGGAAUUCUCUUGCUCGCCGGGCCGUUCUCGAUCCUCUCCGCUCAUAUUUGGUUCGGUUUUGGCUGCGGGUUGGUGCAUAAAUUUGAGAGAUUUUAGAUGUCAGUCGCUAAGGUAAGAGCUUGUAGCAGCCCUGAUGCAAUGAUGCCCGAGCAGAAGACUGUGAAACCAGAGAAGGUUGGACAAGAUCCCCUUGACAAUUUCAUCAAGCAGGCAAUAGGAAAAGAGCCAUUCCUUUCAUUCUCUGGAGUGGGUGAUAACCCUGUUCAAUGGAUACAACUGCUCCACGCACUGGACCAGCAGGGAAGCAGCAAAGUUUCUAAAUGUUCAAAGGCAGACAAUGGUGUUGGAGGAAGGGAGCACUCUCUUGAACUUUGCAAUUGUUUGAGCUCUGAAAUCAACGGGGUUAAGGAAUUUGUUCACCCUCGAAAGGAUGCUGGAGCCCCUCCAAAGGAGAAAAAGAGCACAUCUGAACAAUUGCAAACACUCAAACUUCCUGAAGCUGUUGUUGCCUUUGCUCAGGCUGCUGCAAAGGCAAAUGAUCUCCCCAGAUGGCCCUUGGUGUCACCAUCUAAGGUGCAAUUGCUUAAAUGUGACAAGUGCUCUCGAGAAUUUUGUUCGUCAAUAAACUAUCGACGGCAUGUGCGUGUGCAUCGCCGGUCUCUGAACAAUGACAAGGACUCUUCUAGUAAUCGGGAAUUCUUGGCUGCAUUUUGGGACAAGCUAUGUUUGGAUGAGGCAAAAGAAAUCAUGUCCCUCACAGAUGUGGCUAUAGAGGAAGUUGCUGGUUCUGCAAUCAUAAGAGCGUUGUCAUCAUGGAUUCGAAAGCCAGGGUUUUCAUAUCUACCACAAAAGUACGUCAAGGCUGGUGCCACUCUUUUGGAUGUUGUCCAAUCUAAGCCUUCCAGGUUCCUUAUGUCAUCAAAGGAACUAUUUGAUGUGCUUGAUGAGGCAAGUGAAAAAACCUUUUUGCGUGCUGGCACAGCUAUGUCAUUGCAAAAGUUUGUCUUAAAUGGAGAAGCUGGGAAGAUUGCCUUGGAGAUGAAAAAUCUAGUUGCAUGCACUAGUUUUCUGCUUGAACAGAAACUGGUCAAAGCAUGGCUCGCUGACAAGGAUGCUGAAGCUUUGAGGUGCCAGAAGUUGCUUGUGGAGGAAGAGGAAGCUGCUCGGAAAAGACAAGCUGGUCUCCUGGAAAGGAAAAGGACGAAGAAACUUAGGCAGAAAGAGCAAAAGGCAAAGGACUUUACUGAUGCGGACAAUAGGGUUCAUUCACCUGGUACCAUGGAGUAUACAUCCGGUUCCACAGGAACACCAAGUCCAAGGGCUCCAUCCGAAUCUGACUUGUACGCUCAAGAGGCAUCAAUUGAUCAAGACCCACAAUCUUUAGAGCCCACUGGAUCACCAGAUCCCGUUGCAGAUACAAACUUCAGAUUGCACGUGCACACUGAGGAUGCUGAUCAAAAUAUGGAUCACCUAAAGCAAAUGGAGAAUUGCAGAAGACAGCCAACUGUGACCUGCUAUCUACUAUCAAAACCUUCUAGAAAUUUUCGGAGUGGUUUCUACUCGGGUCAGGUUCCAGUGGCAAAGUCUUCCAUUUCGAUGAAACAUGGCACUCACAAGGAUCCAAAGGCUGCUACAUCAGCCAAUUGGAAUAAAAUUUGGACACGGAAAUUCAGACCUGAUAGUGAAGAAGCGGGUUCGUCUGACAGAGUAGACAGAGAACAUAGAGAUCAGCCAGUUAUCAUUGAUAACUCUGAAGUUUUAAUAGGUUCUAUCAGUGUCACACUUGGACAAUCAAAUGAUUGUUGCCAGGACUCGAGCUCCCCCUGCUGUAGUCAUUAUCAAGAGAAGUUGGUUAAGCCUGAUUCCAGUAUGAACGAUGUCAACUGCUCCGGAGCAAGGCUGUGGAAACCAGUGGCUUGUCAAGAUAACUGUGAUUAUGCCAUCAUAAGAAGUGAUAAGAGAGAGAACAAAAUGGACAGACACGCUACUGGAACUGCUAUUUCACCUGAUCAGAGCUGUCUUGCUUCUGGUGGAAUGGAUGGUGCUGGUUCUGAGAGGUGCAAGGAUUUGUUGGCACUGCACAGAAGUGCAAACUUGUCAGGACCUUUGCUAUUCUCAGUCAAAGAUGCGGAGGCUUUCCUUGCUCAGAAUACCAUGUUCAAUUGGUUUUCAGCUCUCGUCUGUUCAUCAGGUGGCUGAAACAUCAUAUGGUUCAGACUGAUAGAGAUAUUAAUAGGUGCUACAAGGAUGGUGUAACCUGUGUGAGUGACUAGGUUGUUCGCUGUUGAUUGGAUGGCCAAAAAGGAAGUUGCAAGCUGUUAUGAUGUCAUUCAAAGCUUAAUACUCUACUGUGAAAUGCGAAUCUGACAGAACUUUCAUGUUGUGCAGGGUGGAGGGAGGCCAUUGCAUCUGAUCAUGUCCAGCUAGUUCUACCCCCCAAAACUGAAGCAUUGGAUAAUUUCAGAAACCCCAAGGGUAAUUGCACGGAGGCACCAAUGCAGUCUACCAAUUCCAUUGGAUGGAGCAUUCUUGGUCGUGCAGAGAACACGACGGGCUCAACCAAGCCGGCAUUUGGUGCUUCCAAGCCCAAAUUCAGACCAAAGCCAGAAAGGAACUGCAAGUUGCAGUAUGUUCCCAAGCAGAGGAAUAAUGCUUUAGGAGAGUAGAUUCAAUGCUUUUGAGUUUCCAGCAGAGGUUCCAGUUUUAUUGAGAGGUCUUCUGUGACCAUAAAACUGCCCUUUUUUGGUAGAAUUUAUUUGAUUUCUCCUUUUUUUCCUGCUUAGACCUCGCAAUCAGUCUCCUUAAAUUUUAUCUGUAAUAAUUUGUUUUCUGGUGUCAUUGCUAUUGCUUUUUAUGCAUUUCUCCCUUUUGUCUCUUAUUUUAUCAGAAAUUCUAUCAUCUCUCAUGGCCUGGAAAUUAUAUGUAUACCUUUUUUCU